GGGACCCGGCAGCAGCCCCGCGGCGGGCCCUGAGCGACGCGGCCGAAGCUCCUGCAAACUUGGGCGCGCGCCACGGCGCCGGCGGCCCGAGCGAUGAAGAUGGUCGCGCCCUGGACGCGGUUCUACUCCAACAGCUGCUGCCUGUGCUGCCAUGUCCGCACCGGCACCAUCCUGCUGGGCGUCUGGUACCUGAUCAUCAAUGCUGUGGUACUGCUGAUUCUGCUGAGCGCCCUGGCGGACCCAGACCAGUAUCACUUCUCAAGUUCUGAGCUGGGAGGUGACUUUGAGUUCAUGGAUGAUGCCAACAUGUGCAUUGCAAUCGCAAUUUCUCUUCUCAUGAUCCUGAUUUGUGCAAUGGCUACUUAUGGAGCAUACAAGCAACGUGCUGCCUGGAUCGUCCCGUUCUUCUGUUACCAGAUCUUUGAUUUCGCCCUCAACACCUUGGUUGCCGUUACUGUGCUUGUGUAUCCAAACUCCAUUCAGGAAUACAUACGACAGCUGCCUCCUAAUUUUCCCUACAGAGAUGAUAUCAUGUCUGUGAAUCCUACCUGUUUGGUCCUUAUUAUUCUCCUGUUUAUCAGCAUUAUCUUGACUUUUAAGGGUUACUUGAUCAGCUGUGUUUGGAACUGCUACCGAUACAUCAAUGGCAGGAACUCCUCUGAUGUCCUGGUUUACGUUACCAGCAAUGACACUACGGUGCUGUUACCCCCAUAUGAUGAUGCCACUAUGAAUGGCGCGUCCAAGGAGCCGCCGCCCCCUUAUGUGUCUGCCUAAGCCUGAGUGUGGGGCAGAGCUGAGGCAGAGGCUUGGUUUUCAGACGUCAGAGCAAUACUUCUUUCAUUUCACUUCUGGGACGAGUUCUCUGAGCUUAUUUGUUGCCGGAAUGCUACGGUUUUAAAAUUUAGAUGUUCAGUUGAAACCCUCUUUAGUUUUUAGAUAUGCUUCAGCUAAAGCACUGUGAUAGACUCACUGUAGAAUUCUUUGUGUAGGGGUGGGGCACAGCGGGCUUUCUUCGUCUUCCCUGGGAUUCCCUAGACAUUGAAACUUCCCGGCAGCAUGAGUGAACCUGGAGUCAGAGAAGUCUGGUUCUGUACCUGCUGGGCCCCAGAGUCUGGGGGGAAUUAGUUAUACUUUUUCUCUGUCUUCCCUCUGUCUCUUUUCAAAGUGUAAAAUAAAGUCGAAACUAGACGAUGCUUUUCUUAAGCCAUUCCAGUGUUUGAACAAACCCUUCUGGAACGGGAAGGUCACGGUGUAAUCAUUGCUCUAAUUAGGUAAAUAGGAGUCCAUAUCUAUAUAAAUAAAACAAGACCUUCCUUAAGAUUGUUUUUGACUUCCAGUCUGUGACAGUUUGUAUUUGCUGUUUAAGGAUUUUGUCCACGGGCUAAUUUGAGACCCUCCAACAACCACAGCCAGCGACAGCAGCCACUCUCUGAUGGCUGUCCUUACACACCCCACCUCGGGACCCAUGGAGUGGCGUGUCCCAUCCGUGUUAGAGAGGUGGAGAUGAUUUGUUUAGUUCUGCAUGAUAUCUGGUGCUCCCUUCCUCCUGGCUUCCCAUCUCCACCCAGGACCCUUUUCACUAAGUAUUUGCCUGAUAGUAUGAGAAAAGGUUUUCUUCUCUCCCUGCAAGGUACAUCGUACUGUUUUGAGAUUCCGAGUAAGCCUAGUCAUCUUUAAAACAUAAGACGGUCUUCAGAAAAAUGAAGAGGGGUGCUUUUCUUGUGAAAUGCUCGUGUCUCAACUCUCUGAAUUUCAAGGGACGGAUAUUCAUGUGUUCAAAAGUCACAGCUCUCCUGUUUGUUCAUUGUUGAGUGUGCUGUAAAUGAAGGAUUUACAAUUAAAGUGACAUUUGCCCACAUCUGAGUAAA